CUGCUUGCAACAAACUGGAGCGCGGCGCGUGAUGGUGCAACAUCUUGUACGAUUUCUCAAGAUGGCUGCAGUAAUUGCCAGGUGCCGCUCGGCGGGACUGUCAGGUUUUCCUUCGACGCGCCCCAUGUGUUUCGGCUUCAUGACCCCUGUACACAGCAGCUCUUCGUUUGCCUCAGGGUCGUGGAAUGGCCGUGGCCGCACAACGGCCGCUCACGGCAGGUGUAUCGACCACAGCGGUAGGAGGAGCGGCGGACCCUGUAUGAGCGCGAACGCUGCCGUGUUGUCCUCCUCGACGAAGCAGCAGCUCGCGAGACCGGCCGGCGCGGCGAAGCUGGAGAGCAUCGAUUUCAACCCCAGCGCCAGCAGCAGCUCGUUCGCGCCGGUUGUCAUCAUGCACGGUUUGUUGGGGAAUUCGCGCAACUUUCAGGGCUGGGGAACGAAGCUCAGUCUGGAUCAGGAGAGAAGAGUCUUCGCGGUUGACAUGCGCAACCAUGGAGCAAGUUCUCACCAUGAUAGCAUGACGUACGUCGACAUGGCGAACGACGUUCUUGGGUUUUUGGCGGACAAGGGACUGUCAGAGGCGGUGCUGAUUGGGCACAGCAUGGGAGGAAAGGCCGCCGCCAUGACGGCGCUGCUUCACCCACAAGUAGUCAAGGGGCUGGUCGUCAUGGACAUCGCCCCCGUCAGCUACUCGAUGGUGGACGCAACAAACUGGGGGGAAACGCAAAAGAUAAUCGAGGCCAUUCACAAGAUGCCGCUGGAAGGGGUAACCAGCAGGAGAGAUGCCGACGAGCUUCUCGCUAAGGAUAUCGUGGAUCCAGCCCUCAGAGCUUUCGCGGUAACCAACCUUGACAAGGACCCAGCGAGUGGAGGGUGGGCUUGGAGGAUCAACAUUGACGCCAUCCAGCAAUCCAUGGGAGUGCUGGCUCAAUUUGACUCGGGCAAGCUGCACCAAGAAGAGAUUGAUGGACGCCUCAAAGGGGGUGGAGGGGGUGACGGUGAUGGGGAUGAGCUUGGGGCUUACAAGGGAGACGCCCUGUUCGUCGCAGGGGGCAACUCCAGGUACAUCCGAUCACAGCACCUGAAGGAGAUUGGCAAGCUGUUCCCCAGGUUCGUCGUCAGCACCAUCAAGGGCGCAGGGCACUGGGUCCAUGCUGACAAUCCUACGGAGACUUUGAGGCUGGCUAAGUCCUUCCUGGACCGGCCAGAGCUUGGAUAGAUAGGAACAGGCGAUCUCGCAAACAAUUAAUUAAUGGUCGUGGAUACAAAAAAAUUACAAGUUUGCAUACAGAAGCCGAUCGUGCUUAUGAGUAUAUUCAUUGGAGCCCUACGCUCAGUAUAUACAUUGGAGCCCUAUGCUCGUGGUGAGAUACACUGCAUUCAACCCACGAUCGAAAUGAAUCUGAGCCUUUUGCAUAGUUGAUGGUGCGCUCCUUGGUGAGGGACCCAAGUUUGGGGAUCGGCGUGUAACGUUUUCCUAGCAUCGGGAAGCAGGUCACCUCGUCACACAGCGUCGUCGUUUUUUUCUUGAGUUUACCGUUGCAGUUGAGCCUCUGAUUAUAACUUCGUGAUGUUGGUGCGCGUCGGCGUCUUUUUAUCUCUGGUAUCCGUGAUGCUGCCCAGAGCGGCAAGUGCACGAGCAGCAAAGCAACAACAAGAAUGCCACCCCAAUUGGCGAUGAGUGACUGAAG